UUACGGCGAUUCUUAGCCACAUUUGGUGGGUCUUGCCCGAAAGGGCCUGAGAUCGAGAUCUGCAAUACCAUUCUGCUUACUGACGAACACUUACAGGUACUGACGACGAGACGGGGUGUGUGGUGCCGGCGGUUCCAUCAGUAUAUAUGCCAGAUGCAUGACAAAAUGGCAUAUGCUGAGGAGCCGUCCAGUUUGGACUACAUUCAGCGAUCAGAGUUGUAUCCGAAAAAGUUACUUGUGACAGAAGAUGCUGCUCUCCAUGUACCUUUCCCACUCCUGAGCGGAGAAGCUGUGGAAUUCCUUGGGCACAUAGACGAAGGCGUGAUCGCAUUAUCCAACUUCCGCCUCCUCAUCCGCUUCAAGGACAGCUUCAUCAAUGUACCACUAGGGCUGGUGGAGAGCGUGGAAUGUCGUGACAUAUUCUACCUUUAUGUGUACUGUAAGGAUGCUACAGUGGCUAGAUGUGCAUUCAGUAACAAUGACAGCUGCCAGGUAUGGUUCCGUCGUGUCAGUGAUCGAGUGGCCCCACCCCAGGAACUCAAAAGUUAUUUUGCUUUUGCCUUCCAUGCCUGGUGUGUUGACGGCUAUCCUGCGGGAUCGGAGCUGGACCCCUGUUACCAGCUGUGUAAGCAAGAUGAGAAUUUUCACUUUUCAUUUGGGAAAGAAGUGGACAGAAUGAAGUUUAACUUGAAGAGUAAAACAGCGUGGAGGAUCACCUACCUGAACGAGUCAUUUGGAGUGUGUCGGUCAUACCCAAAACACCACAUUGUACCAUCAGAUAUCACAGAUGAACAGCUGAAGAAAGUGGCUAGUUUCCGCGCUCUUGCCCGCUUUCCGAGUGUGGUAUGGAGAGAUCAGCGUAAUGGUGCAGUUUUGGUGCGCUGUAGUCAGCCGGAGGUCGGAUGGCUAGGCUGGAGGAAUCCAGAAGACGAAGCCUUGUUACGUGCCAUCCCACUGGCAUGUGCCCAUAACCCAGGUUCAUACCAGCGUAGUAACACAGUCCAUGAUGAUUCUAGUACAUCAGAGAGUGGGUCACAGAAUGGGGAUUGUGGUAAGGAAAACCUAGAAGGAGAAGACAAGAGGAUGUUGGUGAUUGACUGUCGAUCUUACAGCGCUGCCUUUGCUAACAGGGCCAAGGGUGGGGGCCUCGAGUGCCCUGAAUAUUACCCAAAUUGUGAGAUCCAGUUCAUGAACCUGGCAAACAUCCACUCCAUCAGGAAAAGCUUCAUCGCACUCCGGACUCUCUGUAGCAGUGGUCCAGACCAGGUCAACUGGUUGUCUGGACUGGAGACUUCCAAAUGGCUCCUACACACAUCGUGUCUAAUGAAGACAGCCAAUAUAGUGGUCAGUUCUAUCGACAAGGAGGGGCGUCCAGUCCUUGUCCACUGCUCAGACGGCUGGGAUCGAACCCCGCAAAUUAUUUCCUUGGCAACUCUCCAACUAGACCCUUACUACAGAACAAUGGAGGGUUUUCUUGUGUUGAUUGAACGAGAGUGGCUGGACUUUGGUCACAAGUUUGCUGACCGCUGUGGAAAUGGAAUUGAUAUUGAGGACACUAACGAACGAUGUCCCGUGUUCCUGCAGUGGAUUGACUGUGUAUACCAGCUUUAUACACAGUUUCCCACAGCUUUCCAGUUCAAUGAAGCCUAUCUAGUGAAGCUGGUGCAACAUACAUAUUCCUGUCUGUUCGGUACAUUCCUCUGUAACACGACACAGGAGAGACAGAAGGAGGAGUUGGACAAACGCACUGCCUCUGUCUGGUCACUCCUUAAUCUUAAAAACAAACGAUUCCUCAAUCACCUGUAUUGUCCAACAAUAGAACAGCAGGUGCUGUAUCCCUCAUGUCAUGUUAGAAGUGUUAAACUCUGGAGGGCAGUGUUCCUAUCUAACAACUCCUCCUCCAUGGGCCCAGAAGAAGGCUCCCUUGAUAGACCCUCUCUUGUCACUGAGCCGGAACGCUCCAACUUGCAGAAGACGAGAUCAUGUGAUAAUUUAGCUGCUAAUCAUGACCAGGAAGUGACAGUUCUUGCAAGUCCAAGUCGUAGAAAAAGUGAUCCCAACAUUACAUUGGACUUCGCAGAUCAAAGUCUUCACUUCGCAGCCAAAGAUAUUGAGCAAAAUUCAAGUUGUACUAGCAUUCCUAAUUCUAUCAAUAAAGAGGAGACAAAUCAAGUCAUUACAAACAGUGACACAGGUUUAGUAGAGAACGGACAUGAUGAAUUAUUUGACGACAGCAGGAAUGAUGAUGUCAUCAGUGAAAUGCAAGGAAACGGAGGAAGGGAUUCCACUGAGGACUAUGAAAGUGUUAAAAAUGAUGGCAAGAUGGAACUUCAAAAUGGCGACAGCGGAGUAGAGGAGGAAGUGGAUGACAAAGGGAAACAUCUUUCACUGAUAAACGGACAAGAAGUCAAAGAGAAACAUUUGGCGACAAAUGGAUAUACAGAAGGAACAUUGACAGUGAUUAGUGGUGAAAAUGUGGUAUGUAAUGGUCUUAGUAAUGGAAUUGAGACUGAAGACAAAACAUGUCAGACAAUUAAGAUAGAGAGUGGUGACAAUUUAACAAAUAAAACGGGGUCUCGUGAACUCGUAAUAGAGAGUUCCACAGACACUUUAUGCGAGGAAGAAAGUGAACACUGCCGGUGCAGCUCAUCACGUUCUGCUGACCGACCACACAGUCAAGUGUCAUCAUGUAGUCAGGAAAAUUUACACUGUGAUAGUGACUGUAGGAGUAAAAAGCCUGUAACCAAAAUUAAGUCGUUAGAGAGUUGCUCGAGUAUUAGUACAAGUACAAGUGACAUAAGUAACUCACAUGUUCACAUGGACUGCGUACGGCAGGCAGCUAACCUUCUACAGCUGCAGCAAUGUCUCUUGUCACAGCCACCAGCACUGCGGCUCGACUGUGGCUCCAACGGCUGUGGCAAGCUGUCCAGUAUUCCAAACGGAGGCUCUCAUUCCCCUUCUACACAAUUUCCGACUCCUGUUAGCUCGCAAACCCCAAACUCUACGUGCCCUCCAACACCUGGCACAGAAAACAAGUCAACAGAGGUUCCUUUACAACGCCAUCUUAGCGGUAUUGGCCGGCAUCUCGACAUAGACGGCUUAACAAUUUUCCAGGAACCUGUUCAACAGAGAAUGCGCCAAAUCGAGAAUGAUUAUGAGCGGCAAAUUCACGCUUUAAAGUCACACCUGGCUAAUGCCCAAGCCCUUUUGCUACAGCACGCGUCGGCUUGUAGUGGAGCAGGAAGGUGUGCUCUAGAUCUGGCCAAAGAUGACAUGUUGUUGCUUCCGGAAGCAACAGGAUAUGGAGAUUUCCAGUCCCUAGGUGGGUGUAGUAAUGCUGCAUCUGAUGCGAGUUGGGAACAAAUUGAUGACAUGGAAUCCAAAUUGGUAAAGUGGGUCCCAGAUCAUGCUGUUACUCACUGUGGAAAUUGUGAUCUAAGCUUUGGUAUGAUUAACAGGAAGCACCACUGCUGGAACUGCGGAAAUAUUUUCUGUCUUGAUUGUACAAACUACUACACGUCGAUUCCACAACAAAAUCUCAUGUCCCCGGAGCAUGUUUGUCAGCGAUGUUACAAGGUUCUGCGGUACCAGGGUGGGAGGAGUUCUCUGGAAAAUGGAGUCAUCGAUGAACGACCAAUGGCCGCAGCUGCCUCAAAUUAACUGACAAAAAAAAUUAUGAUAAAACUAUUUACAGAUGAUUUCCUAUCAAUUCAAAAUUGUCGUUGUUAAUUCAAGGCGUAUAUGUAUUGUUUUGUUGUUUAGACUUCUUGUUGUGUUAAAGGAGGAAUAUUUGAAUGCAAGAGGUUUAGAAAAGUUCAGGAUCUCAAUGCGAGUAGACGCUGCAGUAAUAUUGAUAAGUAAAUGCUUAUACAUGUACUAGAAAAAUAUGGGAUUUUGUGGAAAUUUAAAACAUGUAGAAAUUUUGUUUCAUUUUCUUCAGGAAGAAUAAAGCAA